UGCAUUCGGGUCGCACUUGGAGUGAAGACAGAGGGCUUGUUUUGAGGACUCGUCUAGUUCGGCGUUACCUUUCAAAUCCGCCCGGACUGCUAUAGUACUCCGGAGUGCUAGAAUACUUCAAUCGAGACGUGGGUUGAAUUUGAAGUGACGCUCUAGUUUGCAAACAUACAGCCACUGAUGACAGAUUUUAUUUUGUGUUUUUGUUCAAUUUGAGUGUAUGCAGAACCCGAGUGAAGUGCCCUGCGAUCAGGGUGAAACUUAUGAACGACUGAGAGAAUAUUCGGUCCGGCUGCUGCAACAGUUAUAUCAACAUAGGAUGGACACCUUGGUCAACAGACUAGCCGAUACCCGCGGGCCAGACAGCCCGGUAUCCGAUGACGAUCAUUCUGAAGCGUUUCCUGACACGGAUAUAGAGGACAACGAGAAGCACCCCAAAGAGAGAAGAGACUCAGACACACCCACCCCUACCCCUAGUCCCGGGGGCUCACGUCACACACCCUCACCCCACAGGCCGGAAUCCCCGGACGAGCCGAAAGUUCAAACGACGUCGUUUCGGGUGGCUGACAUUCUCGACCCCAGCAAAUUCACAGGUACUACGAAAUCUCGGGUGUGGCACCCGUGGAGGGACGAGAGCUCCUGUGAUCCGUCUCAUCUGGAUGACCUCACACAUAGUUCAGGAUCCCCUCAUGAUGAUGACGAUCUCUUGUCACGUGACCAUCGCGGCGAUUCCGACGACAACGACAUUCUGGACGGUGAUGACAAAUGUGAUGACGACGACGACACCGACGACAAGGACCGAGAACGACGUCGUAACAAGUCGUCGUCGUCGGACGGCGGGAAGGCUGGGAAACCGAGAAGGGCACGAACAGCGUUCACUUACGAACAACUCGUGGCGCUGGAAAACAAGUUCAAAACCACCCGCUAUCUGUCGGUGUGCGAGCGUCUCAACCUGGCACUGUCCUUGAACCUCACUGAAACCCAGGUAAAAAUCUGGUUCCAAAACAGAAGAACAAAAUGGAAGAAGCAGAACCCAGGUUUGGAUGUGAACAGUCCCACCAUUCCCCCAUCAUCUGGAAGCAUGAGCACGUUUUCGUCGCCUUAUUCUGCUAGUAUGUUAUAUGGACAAGGCCUUCAUCCAUACCUCCCAAACCACAAUAUACUCGGCCAUCUUGGACUAUUCAGAGCGCAUGCGUCAUAUCCCGGGCAGGCGCAUUCGAUAUACUACCCGUAUUUUAGCCAAACUACGUGAUACGAACUGAGUGAUACAAAAUGGUUGAAAAGUUUGCGUCGCAAUGACGUGAAAUGUAUUACCACUCGUGGUAGACGUCCUGUCUCAGAAUGACGACAUAACGAAUAUGACGUCACACCUAAUUUAUUGACGUAACACAUGACGUCAUCAAGAAGAAAUAGUGCUGGAGAGUGCUUCAUACUCUUAUAUUGAACUGUGCCAUAGACACUGCUCCUAAGAACACAAUUGCCAGGAAUGCCAGUCAGAGCUAUCGAAACCGACUUUUUUUCCAAACGAAAUAGCCGUUAUUCACUUUGCGAACACAUUCUUCGUCGUCGAUGGUGUCGGCGGAGAUUCGGCUGCAGCUGAAAUGAAAUGAUGGAAGAUGAUUCUGGCACAGAUGUCGGCCCUGGAAACGUGGUUAGGUUGGUACUGACGCCGAUGACGAAGUGACCUCAUUCAUAACUGUUCUUUUGUACAUAUGUGGCUGUGGUGACGUUAGAUGGUCCACACUGCGUGGAUAUAUACACAUCAAAGGUGCAAAAAUAAAUAGUGCUGAAAAAAUAAUGAAUACAA